UUAUAUGAUAAUUCUCGCUAGUCACAACGUAUCUACUUCCUGUUUGCUGCUCGACUCUGUACUUAACUUCUUCUUCUCCUUCUCCUCCUCCUCCUGCCCUCCCCUCCCCCGCCUUCAGCCUCUUUCCUCCUCGAAGAGCUGAAUCCAUCCACCCCCCCGCAGAUCACGAUGCGUCUGUGCACGCCACCUUCACCCCUCGCAGCAGCACAAGGUUCCGCAGCGUCUGCCAGCUCCGUUGCACGUCGUUCAGUCGUGCGCCCACGUGGUGGCCUCGUUGGGCGGAAAUGCUAGUUUCGUCGCCUUCGCCGUCCGCCGCCCUGCGACCUUCCCCCUCCUCUCCGUCCAUUGCUCAUUCUCACCACUCUCACUCUCAUUCUCGUUCCCAUUCUCACCCCCAACCCCCCCUCCCGUCUUCCUCCUCCUCGUCUUCCUCCCCUUUCGCCUCCAUUCCUCGACAUCCUUCGCAUCAGCAUUAUGAGCCCCCCGGGCCCGCUUCUGCUGCUGCUGCAUCCAAUCCCCGUUUUGAACCACAAUCCUCCCGUGCGGCCAUCGAAGAGCUUCGAUCGGCCUUGAACCGGCACACCGUUGGAUCGUCGCCCCCCGGGCCCUCAGGGGAUUUCCCUCGCGGUCGCAUGUCCGCUGGGCUGACCUCCUCUGGGGGCGGAAGUAGCACCACGUCUCAUCCGCCUGCUGACGCCGCCAUUCCCGCCUCCAAUCCCACGCACCCUCCUCUGGAUCGUCCUACCAAUAACGUGUCCGCCUCUGCCGUUCCUGCAGCCUCCGUUCCCGCCCCGAGCUCUCAGCCCACGUCUACCUCCCCGAUGCCUGCCCCCAAUAGCGCCGGCUCCGGGUCCAACAAGCGUAACAGCCCCAAUGACGCCCCUGCCGGCGAUGAGCGGGCAGCGGGCCUGGGCCACGCCGACCUCGAAGGUUCGCAGACGAAACGAAUGCGACCGGACAAGCCCGAGGUUAAGUUGCUGCCGCAACGUUACGAGUUGGCGGAUCCUCGAGAUAUUGUUGUGUUGAUCUCCAGCAUGCUGAUGGAGCUGAUCCGGUUCAACGAUAAAAUCCCUUUGAACCAAGGCCGCUUGACUCGCUUCCACUCGCGGUCGCCGCCACGGAUCUCAGUACAAGACUACCUCCAGCGACUUACCACCCACGCCACAUUGUCGCCCCCGAUCCUCCUGAGCAUGGUCUACUAUAUCGACCGCCUCUGCGCGCUGUAUCCGGCUUUCACCGUGUCCAGUCUGACGAUCCAUCGGUUCCUCAUCGCGAGUGCCACGGUGGCCAGCAAGGGCCUGAGUGACAGCUUUUGGACCAACAAAACAUACGCUCGGGUGGGCGGUAUCACCAUGACGGAGCUGGCUCUCCUCGAACUGGAGUUCCUGUUCCGCGUGGAGUGGCGCAUCGUGCCUGAGCCCGAAGUGUUGGUCGACUACUACAAGAGUCUAGCCGAGCGAUGUGAUGGGUAUGCGAUCGCACGUGAUAGUUGAUCCUUUUCCGAUGCGACACAUUUUCAGUGCCCGUGUGUCACACGAAGAUUUAGAUGGCUUGCAUAUAUUUCUGGGCUUGGAUGGUGCGAGCUAGGGCUUAUCUGGAGGUUGUGGGAACCCGAUGUGUUUGUACCAGUACAUAUAACACACAUACACGGACAUGGAGUUGAUGUUGUUUCUGCAUAGUUUGAUGGCGGGGAGCGAUCGAUAUCCUUACGGCUGGUGUUGUUUCUUUACUUUCAUUGCUUUUUGUGUCCUCGACUUCUCUUUCUUCCUUGCUUUUUUUUUGAUUUUUUUUUUUUUUU